AUGCUGGGCGAGCUUGCUGCUACGAACAUGCCCACAUUGUCUUCCCUCCAGUCGUUCACAGAUCGACGCAUUGUUCCAUUGGUUGAUGACGAGAUGCAGACCCCGGAAGAGAUAUGGACGAGGCAGAUCGAGCCAGACCGUACGACCGCACGAUACCAUGAUCUGUUGAGAGGACGUCCGCCACCUAAAUUUCCAGCUAUUCACGGGGCCGACGAAUACGACCUGGGCAGAAAUCUCCGGGCCAAAGGGUGA